AUAACGGACGUGUUGAUGCUCGCGAGAACUUUCAAUCGUGGACAAUACAAUAAAAAAUAAGAAUAGCACAGAAUUUGUUUUGUGAUUUGGUAGUUUAUGUGCAAGUAUUUAAACAAAGUUACUAAAAUGUUUAUAACUUUAGCGGCUAUUGUUCUUCUUGCAAGUGGCGGAGAAGCGCAGAUGAGUGAAGAUAGUUGUGAUGCCAACGAGCUGAGAUUAUGUGUCGACAUGACGCCUAAAACACCGGUUGGGUUGCCCAGAACGAGAAAAGAAUUGGAUGCCCAUUGUGCGGCCUACCAUACAGGCAUGGCAUGUAUGGAUGCGUGGAUCAAGCGAUGUCUACCAACAGAUGGACAAAAAUUAGUACAACAACAGAUCGGAGGCGCGAGAGCACUCAUGAGAUUCCUAUGUACAAACGACUCAUCUUUGAGAAGAGAUUUCCUAAAAGAACCGACUUGUUGGACGAUGGUGUCGCCUGACUGGUCCCGAUGUGUGGAUGAAUUGCAGCUUGCUGUUAGAGACAUCUCUGAACGAGCUCAACUCAUCAACUACUUCAAUAAGAGCUAUGAACUAUGCUGUGCCAGAGAUGCAUUUGUGUCGUGCGUAGCACAUGCUGGUCGUUCCUGUACAGCAUCCGCGGGCAAUUUACUUCGGCGGAUGGCCUGGGUCCUUGCUCAAGAUGUUGCUGCUUGCAGCCAGCAACCACGAGCCCAUUGUGAUGCAGUCACACUGAUAAAUACGCCAGUCCUUACGUUCUUGUCAGGGAUAUUAUUGUAUCCACCGAAUCUUUAAGAUUCGACCCGUAAUAAAAUAUAUUUUUUUAUAUAAUUUUUAAAUUAAUACAUUUUUGUUAUUAAAGUCGAUAAAUAUUCUAAUA